AUUUUAUUGACUUUCUUAAUUACUUUUCAACAGAUUGGUGUGACAUGCCCAUGACUAUAAGAAUCUAGCUUUUUAAAAUUUGAAGACGAAACGGUGUUGUAUCAAAUCAGUAAAUCCUCAGAUGCCUCGAAUCAUGAAACUCUCUCGCAUAAUAUGCGUAGUUUUGAGAAGUACUGCAAUCAACUGCGAGGUAUGGAUCAAGUUCCGGAAGAAGAAGAAUUCCAAGGCGAACAGCACGUCCCGGAAGGAAAACAAUUCCAAGGACAAAAGCAACUUUCGGGAGCAGAACAGCAAGUUCCGAGUGGACAACAGCAAGUUUCGGAAGGAGAACAGCAAGUAAGAAAAAGAAAGCAACAAGUCCCACAAGAAGAGCAUCAAGUUCCGGAAACUGGGCCCGAAGUAGAUGUCAAUAUGGAAGUUGAUAAAAAAGUUCCAUCUCCAGAUGAAAUUCCGGGAACGCCCUCAAAAAGACCUGGGUCAUUAAUACGCGGGGAUGAUACGCCGAGCAAAAGAGGAAGAUUCAGUUCACUGAUACCUGCCGCGGAAAAAGAGCCUGAAAUGGAAGAAUCGAUUCCGCAAGUAAUUUCAGGAAUUCAACCUCUGGACGGCCCUGAUCGAGCAGUCAGUCUGCAACCGGAAGUUCUGCAAGAACAGCAAUUACCGGAAGCAAGGCCAGAAAUAGAACCGGAAGCGAGGCAAAUAGAAGAACCGGAAGUAAGGGAACCAAUUGAAGUUCCACCUCGUCGUCCUCGCCCUAGAAGUGGAAGAAGAAAUGGGUGGAGAGAUGAAAGAAUCACAUUGACCGACAAGUGGUACAAGGACUUCCCAAGCAGAACAGAUUGGUACACGAAGCCUUCAGCUCUCGAUGCUUUGAAAGCAGAAGUAUCGACGAAACCUUUGGCACCGAAAGUCUGGAUGAAAAUGCCUGGAUUUACCAUACGAAAUGAAAAUUUACGAGAAUUAUUUGAGCAGAAUUUCGCCGAAGAUAUUUUGCAUAACGUAGAACCGCUAGUCGAAGGCGAUUUUAUAUUAUCUCCCGAAGGGAGUCUGCCAGGUCCGGAAGGAAGCGAACUGAGAAAUAUUGAAGAAGCUGAGCAGGAGCAGCCGAGACAUGAACCAGAAAUAUCGAAUUUGAUGGAAUCUCUCGGAGAGGUCGAAAAUAUUGCCAAUCGUGAUAGAACGGUUGAAAUUCGGGCAUCGAUGGGAAGGAUAUCGAUGCACCCUCCAGCCGUCAUUGCGCCUGUAGAUGAGACGCCAACAAUUCCACCUGAGCCACCACGUUUGUCUGUAGAAUUUUCAGCAGCAUUAGGAAUGGAUGAAAUUUUUGCAGAUAAUCUUCCUGGAGAUCAAUUUCAGCAAGAUUUUGCUCAAGGAGAGGCGGGACUUCAGACUGAAAAUGAUCAGGAUCAAAUGCUGGAAAUCACAGCGCAGAGGUCCCGCGCACGUGCUUCCGAAUCUGUUGCGCCUGAAAGUGGACCUUUGGGAAUAACGGAGGACACGAUUCUCGCAAAGAUACUCGAAUGCCUGACUUUGGGAGACAGGGAAUCCAUCACUUUGGAAGAAAUUAUUCCUCCGGAAUCGGAGAAUACAGAAACUGCGGCUUGGUCUUUCGCAUGCGUUCUUGUUCUGAAAAAGAAAAAGAAGAUUGUGCUGUCCCAGAAUGGAUCGAAGGAGCCAAUUUAUAUCAGGAGAUAUAGCGAGAAUGAGUAAAAAUUUUUUAUUAAGAUGGACUCCUUUUUUGGGUACAAUUUCUAACCAAAAUUCAAUUCCAAAAAUGUAGCAUGUAAAACUGUAAGUAUAAAUGUUAGUUUUUAGAUAUAUUUUGGAUUAUAUAGUUCUUAAAAUUUGA